AACCAGGAGAACCGGAGUAAGCACAGGAUUGUAUUCUGGUUAUAUCCAGAGCAGUAAACAUUCAGAGAACUACGCAGUAAUCGAGAGGAAUCUGCAGAAGUAAGAAAUACUGAAACUGCGGACAGAAUAAUUACUAUGCAAUGGAAUAAACAGAGAAACAGAAAGGUUGUUCUUCAGUCCCUACCAGACUUUUAAGAGUGUUGUAUCUAUAAUAAGCUAGCCAUUCCAGCGCUCACAUCAUCGUCAUGCAUCAACCAACAGCUCCAAAAAUUCCAAUUUUGAAUAAAUCCUGCCUAUUUGUGCAUACACCAUCAGAACCACAAAACCCAAGUAGAAGAUAUCUACAAUGCCCAGCAACAGGACAUCUCUAUUGUACGUCAACAGGAAGCUUAUACCAGAAGACGAUUAUUCCGCUGUAUGUCAACAUUUCUCCUUUAUUAAGUAUCAAUUCUGGUUUACUUCCCAGCAAUCCCACAUCAUGCACAAUAAAGUCAUCUUCGGUAUGUACAAAUAAUAUAAAUCAACAAGAUAAUGGUGCUUCAACAAGUACUGAGAACAACACAAGUCCCAAAGCUAAAGACGUCAAACAACCUAUUCAGGGGAAUAACGCUUCGAUGAGCAACACAGUUCCUAGUGUUAAAAAUGCUGAUCAACAAGUGCAAGGUACAAGUGCUCCUAAAACACAUAGGAAUAAAGCCUCCAAGAGCAAGGUGGACACAACUACUCAAGUCAAUUCACCAGUACAAGGUGCAAGCAGUUUUUCUGUGUGCAGCCAGAGUUAUUCUGAUCUAACCACAAAGAAAAAACUGAAGAAAUGUAGCAGAAAAACAAAGAAAAGUAAUUCUUCUGCGGGCAGUCAGAGUAAUCCUGAUCCAACCACAGAGAAAGAAAUGGAACACAGCACAAAAACAAAUAAAAGUAAUUCUUACUUCAGUCAGAGUAAUUCUGAUCCAACCACAGAGAAAGCAAUGAAACACAACACAAAAACAAAUAAAAGUAAUUCUUACUUCAGUCAGAGUAAUUCUGAUCUAACCACAGAGAAAGCAAUGAAACACAACACAAAAACAAAUAAAAGUAAUUCUUACUUCAGUCAGAGUAAUUCUGAUCUAACCACAGAGAAAGCAAUGAAACACAACACAAAAACAAAUAAAAGUAAUUCUUACUUCAGUCAGAGUUAUUCUUAUCCAAACACAAAGAAAGAAAAGAAACGCAGAAGGAAAAAAAAGAAAAGUAAUUCUUCUGCGGGCGGUCAGAGUAAUUCUAAUCCAACCACAAAGAAAGAAAAGAAACGCAGCAGAAAAACAAAGAAAAGUAAUUCUUCUGCAGGUGGUCAGAGUUAUUCUGAUGCAAAAAAAGAAAAAAAAGGUAAGCUUGGACCAGUUUAUCAAGGUUUCAAAAUUUCUUAUAGAUGGCUUCGACCCUUCAACCGCAGACCAUAUCCUUACCGUGAUAGGCAAAAAUCUUUGUUGAGCAGCAAGUAUAAAAAUUGCAUAAUGGCUUCCUCUGUACAUGAGAUUAUUCACAGUCGGUUUGCUAAAAAUACAGAUGAGCAUAUGCCUGUAUCACAGGUAAGAGCUAUGCUGAGCUCAGGAGACAGAAAAGUCAAGAUGAGAAAUGAGUUGAUCCAGCGUAUGGAGGAGGAAGCCAUUCAUAAGUACAAGAAGAUGAACUUGGAAGAACACAAACAGAGGCUACAUGUAAAAGAAUAUGAUGUGGUCCACCAUCCAGAGAAGUAUUGGCUGGUGAGUUAUGGGCGAUGGGUCAUAAACCGGAAGGAUAAAGAGACCUGGCCCCUAAUGGUGAAGUGCUUACACAAGUAUCCUGACAGUACACUGCGGCAGACCUGCAAACAUCGCUCCUUCUGCUUGAAGUGGAAUGGGACAUAUUACACCCUGCGAACGGACCAUGCCUACUACACUCAAAUUCAGUGUCAUAUGGCUGUUACUGACACUCCAUAUGCAGAGCUAAUUGUCCAUACACACAAGGAGACCACUUUUCUGCCUGUAUAUUUUGACAGUGAUUUUUGGAAACAGACAGAGGUGACACUGGAAACAUUCUUCACUAGUAACAUUCAACCUUACUUGAAAAAAAUCAGUCAAAUCAAGUCAAAAAAUGUUACAUUGGACAGUGACAUGAGCAAUGUCAUUAUAGAAGAAUAACCUAACUAUAAAUACAGUAUAUGAGGGUACUGACCAAAACAUGCUGUGGUUUCAUCUACCCAAGACUGCCAACAGCAAUAUCAGGGACCCAUAUAGGCCCCCAUGGCCCUUUUCACAUUUAUAGCCAUAUCAGCCAUAAGUUUUUUUUCUUACAUCAGACCAUUUUGCCAUACACAUUAGGCCUUAUGCACACGACCGUUGUGUGUUUUGCGGUCCACAAAUCGCGGAUCCGCAAAACACGGAUGGCGUCCGUGUGCAUUCCGCAAUUUGCGGAACGGCACG